UGUGGGGUUGGUGAUGAUGCUGCUGCUGGUGGUGGUGAAGGAUGGGGCUUGUCUUUUAGCUGGCUGCAUGUGUUGACACGCAUUUCUGCUCCAUCUCCUUGAUUAAACCGGCAGCCCGGAGGGGAGUCGCAGCAGCAGCAGCAGUCAGGGGGGCUGGGCAGGCAGGCAGGCAGAGGAAUGAGAGCGGACCGAGCCGCGGCAUCUUCACCAUGCAGCCGACCAUCACCAGCCGUCCAUUUUAUACGAUUACAUGAGCCGAUGAGCGCCAAUUUGUCUGUGCCUUGCAGACAGGCAGUGUGCGGUCCCGGCGAUGACAAUAUAGGCCAACGCCUCGCUGCAGCUACAUACAGGGAAUGAAAACGCUCCCAAGAUGGUCCGCAUCGCCAAGGCCCUGGGUUUGGUUAUUCUGUGCGUCGCUGUGCUCAUACUGUCGCUCAUCAGCUAUGUGUCCCUGAGGAAAGACAGCCUCUUCAGCUCCUCUAAAUAUUACAUGGGAGGUCCGAGGAUUAUGUUUCAUGCAGGAUUUCGGUCUCAGUUUGCCAUGAAUUUCCUGGACCCCUCCUUCAUCCCAUUAACUAAUGCCCUGAAUGAGGAGCUCCAAGGAAAACCGUCCAAAUGGAAGUUCAACAAGACUGCUUUUUAUCAGCAGAGGAAAGAUAUCUUCAACUAUAUCGACAUUCCCACCAACUUCUCCCUCACAAAGAACAGUGUGCGUGUUGGCCAGUUGAUGCACUUUGACUACUCCAGCCACAAGUAUGUCUUCUCCAUCAGCAACAACUUUAAAUCCCUGCUCCCAGACACCUCUCCUAUCCACAACAAGCAUUACAGCAUAUGCUCUGUGGUGGGCAACAGCGGAAUCCUGACUGGCAGCCACUGUGGCCCAGAAAUCGACCAGGCUGACUUUGUCUUCCGCUGCAACUUUGCCCCCACGGAAGUCUACUCCAAAGACGUCGGCAGGAAGACCAACCUGACCACCUUUAACCCCAGCAUCCUGGAGAGGUACUACAAUAACCUGCUGACGAUUCAAGACAGGAAUAAUUUCUUCCUCAACCUGAAGAAGCUGGAGGGAGCCAUCCUGUGGAUCCCGGCUUUCUUCCUCCAUACCUCAGCAACAGUAACCAGGACCCUGGUAGACUUCUUUGUGGAGCACAAGGGCCAGCUGAAGGUGGAACUGGCCUGGCCAGGAAACAUCAUGCACGAUGUCAACAAAUACUGGAAAACUAAAAACCUUUCCCCUAAGCGUCUCAGCACUGGAAUCCUCAUGUACACGCUGGCCUCCGCCAUGUGCGACGAGAUCCAUCUCUAUGGUUUCUGGCCCUUCGGCUGGGACCCCAAUACGGGCAAGGAUCUGCCUUACCACUACUACGACAAGAAAGGGACCAAAUUCACCACCAAGUGGCAGGAGACCCACCAGCUACCCAGCGAGUUCAAGCUGCUCUACAAGCUGCACAGGGAAGGCGUGAUUAAACUCAGCCUGACGCACUGCUCUUAGACGUCCAAUGAGUGCUGGUUGGUUUAAGCGGUGACUCCAGAGACCGUGUCCCAGAUACAUCAGCUCAGCUCAAACUUCUGUUGUGACCCAGAAUGCAUGAUAAGUGUUAAGGCAAUUUAUGACAACCUCCCUCUACAAACACACACUCACAUCACGCUGUAGUUUCACAUUUUGAAGAUGUCAGGCUCACUCCGGAUGUAGAUCUCAGACAUGUCACAGCAUUGUUGCUCAUUCGGUAUUUUGUUGUCUUCAGUACUACAGUUAGGACUUUUAAGCUGCUCAUUUGCUUUCAUUACUCUCCUCUGCAUGGCUGCUGGCCGUGGUUAAACAGCUUGAACAGAACAAACGUCUAUUUUAACUGGAGUCCGCAGGGGAUUCAGCUGUGGAAACACAAACAGUUAAACCUUCCAGUUCUGUUUAACACAGUAUCGAUUGAUUAAUCGCCUUUUACAACAGUAUACUGAUUCUGUACACUGAAAUCACUGCCUAAUCUCAGGGAAGGAGUUAGAUCAGUGUUUUUUUGUAAUCAGAUUCAAUGCCUCAAGAGAGGUGUGGUUCCUGUUUUCAGGCCUUUUUUCCCCCACGAGGUGUCAGACAAUCUGCACUGCUCUGGAAGAUAAGAUGGUAUUUGUUUACAAGACUGUACUAUAUAUAUAUUCUAGAUACAUGCACACACACACACACACACACACACACACACAUAAAUAUAUAUAUAAAAACUUGUGUGUAUGUUAUUCUCUGUAGACAAUGUGACAAAUUGUGUUGAGGUUCUUCAAACAUCAACAUUCCAACAAUAAGCCAUAAAUUCGUGUACAGACGAUAGUGUGUUGUCAUUAUAAUACUGAAUUUUAGAAAGUGGUAUCGGCCAUUAGGUUCUGAGACUGUAAGACGUUUGAAAUAUGUUCCAGUAGACUAUAGCCACGCUAGCGGCUACAUUCAAGUCAUGGAGCCUUGAUUUUACAAAAAAUAAAUACCCCGUGGUCUUUGAUAAAGCAGAACAAUUACCUCUGUUCUGACGGUAUUUCAAAUUUAUUAUUUAGUCUGCACGACAAAAAAACAACUAUUUUAACCUUCUAAAGUUGCUACUAUUACUAUUCAGGGAGCAGUUAAUGACAUAUCUCCUUGCUUUUUUACAACAGAGCUAAGCAAACCGGCUGCUGGCUCCAGCUUCAUACUGAACUUACAGACCAACUCACAAGAAGCUUAUUUCACGAACUGUCGAAACACAGUCAAUACUGUGUCUUAGCUAGUAAAUACUUUAUUAAUGUAACCUAUAACAUAACUUUCAACGGUUUUAGGGGGGCAAACAACUGCCAAUUCAGUAAAUGAAGGUAUGACUUUUGUGUUUUGUAUACAUCCACAGAGAAAUUAUGUGUUUGAGACAAGCUAGUAGCAUUCAUGCAGUUUGAUUAGCAAAUAUUCGAUUAUGCUAACCUAACUGAUGUUAUUCUGUCAUAAAAUGUCUAAUGUUACUGGCAUAACAUUUUGUAAUCUGAGGUGUAUUAUAAGUGCAAUUUCAAAUCUCCCAAGUUUACAUUUUAACAGAGUUAAAUGAAUUGCACAUUAUCUCUUCUACCCUUGUAUCUAAUCCAGCCAUAUGUGUGCAAGCUAACCUUUCUCAUUUAGCUGGAUAACCUGACAGUUAAGUGGGUGAAAAUAUUUAGUAACAACUGAUAUUUACCUAAGAACUACUUUGUAUGGUGAAACUUUUCAUUUAGUCCUGUGUAAAGCUCCACUUAGUAAACGCAAACUAGAGAACAGCUGUUACUGGCUCAUUAAUGAAAAAUGGAGAGACAAUUUUGCAAUUCUUAACAAUAAAGGGGCAAAAAAUGUAAAGUUUGAUCCGACCUAGCAGACUUGUGACCUAAAUAAUGGCGCUAGCGUGGCUAAAAACAUCAGGAAAUACAGCAUUUUGGACACAAUUUCUUCAUUUAUUCAAGAUAUAUCAACAACUGAUCUUGAGGUUUACCACUAUUUCAAUUAAAUACUAAUGAAGAGAAUACACUAUUUAUUACAGAGCUUUUGUUGACUGGGGGACAGAUAUUUAUUCGUCAUGUAGCCAUAUCAAUUCCAAUAUUUGUGACAUGAAAUAGAGAACUUAAUGAAUGUUAUACAACUUACUGCAUCUUGUAUGAAGAGCACGAUCCAUUUAAAUGCCAUCGCAUGUGAGGCACUAACAAAUAUUUUCGGCUAGUUUUAUACAACCUUUUUGAUGAUUGUUUGAGGGUAAAAUUUAGUUAUUUGCUAUUGUUUGUAUUUCUGAUGGUCUAUUCCUUAAGAAUGCCACCAGUGUCUUUGUAUGAGAGAUCUUUGAAGGCUAGAAAAGAACCCUACUACUUAUUCCACAUGGGACCAAACAUCUACAAAUCAACUUAAAAAUGAACAAGCUUUAUUUUUUGUAAUUGUAGAUAACCUUGGGUUCUCAAAAUACUGUAUCAUGCCAGACUGAAGCAGAUUUGCGGAUAUGGGGUUAAGGACAACUGGGCCCAAACACUGAAAGCUUGCCACAUGACCAUCUCAUGACUCCGCAACAUGUGCUCCUUCUUGCAAAUUCUGGCUUAGGCGGAGGUUUAAUACACAGAGCAAUGCAGUCAUUCACACUCUCCAGAUGUAGUGUGUGUGCUUUUGUGCUCAUUCAUAUUAAGCGUGGCAGGCAUUUGUGUGCCAUCCUGUCUCACACAAAGCGUUUUUUGUCUGUCUCAUUGGGCGACGUUUCUGUCUCCAUAUCACAGUGCAGUCACCACACAACCAUAAAAACACAUAUCUGAUGAAAAAAGUAUGAAUAGCUGAAUAACUGGCAAUUUAAUUGAUGUCAUAGGUUUGUAUAUUUAAGAAUAAUUUAUGUAGUCCCUUCAUUAGGAAUGUUUUGUACACCAAAGACCACGUGUUCAAAGGAGAAAUGUUAUUUUAUUUAUUUGGAAUUUAUUUUGGAGUAUUAUUAUAGAAAAUGUAGAAUAUCUCUUUUUUUGAUGUUGAAUUUGAUGUUAAAUAUCACUUUUUGUGGCACAAAAUCAUCUAAAAUCUCUUGCUUUCUUGGCUUCAGCCAAAGUAAUGUGGUGGAAUUUAUUUGUGACAUUUUCCUUCUCCAAAAAGUUUUGUUGAUUUUUUGAUUUUGUUGAUUUUUAAAAUCAAUGUGUAGAAUGUGUUUAAACGAUAAUGAUGCUAACAAGUCUGUGAGGAUUGUAAUUCCAGUCAGAAUAACAAUAUAGCUCUUUGUGCAUUACAUUUAAAUGACAAGACAUUGACAUACAUAACCUAAACAUAACAUUAAUGUCUUUAUUCCAUAUGCAGCACUAUACAGGAUUUGUUCCGACAACCCUUUAACAUUCUUGUACUUGUGUUUGAUCUGCAUGGCAACUUUGUUCCAUAAUGCAUAAAAAAGCUUGGCUGCUUAUGUACAUGUCGUAAAAAAGUCAUAAAUCAUGUAAGGGACUUUGCUAUCUUGGUUGUUCUAACAAAAAUGAUCGUCCAUAUAAGAAAUGUCUUAAAUGUUUUUUGAUUAUACGUCAUGAUAAAUAUACGUUAUGUGCCUGCAUAUUCCUUCCAUCAAUGCCUAAAUGUGUCAAAUAAAAACAGUAUUUUUCUCUGA